AUGAAGUUCUCUACUUUCCUUUCCAUCCUGCCCUUCCUGGCUGGCGUCAUUGCCCUCCCAGCCGAGAAAAAGACCAGUAAAGGCUUCACCGUCGUCGCCAUCAACCCUGGCUCUCCUGUUCACAACCUGAAAUUGGACGCUUCUUCCACAAACCUGUACCUAAACAGUGAAACCGACGUCUGGUGCCCUCCCGAAGCGGUUAAGGCUGGCGGCUGCCCUGGUGGUAACACUACUAUCCGAGAUACCCCUGUCUUGGCCUCUGCAAACUACAUGUCCGCCAAGAUCCCCGGUGGUGAACACAUCUACGUUGACCCCAACGGUCACGUCAGAUACACUGGCGGCAGCGACAGCCAUAUGGAACCCGGUUCCUCUACGAAUGGGUUCUCGCAGGUCGAGCGCGAGUGGAAUUACAAGGCCAACGGCGCGGAUGGCUUCCUGGCCUGCCCUUUUCGUGGUGGAAAUGAUAUUUGGGAAGUGUUUGUCAACGCCAAGAACAUUACCACCUACCGGGGUGUGGAUGCCUGCCACCCCUUCAAGGCCCAGACUACGCCCUGGCAGUCUUCUGAUGGCCGCGAUUUUGCUGUUUGGUCGUACACUUAA